AUGGAUAAUCCUGAAACUAUUGAUAAAGCUGCUUGGAAUAAAGAAAUAUUGCAUGUCUUUUAUGACCUUUGCAUCAAGGCCAUCGACAUGGGAAUGAGACCGAAUACUCAUUUCGACAAGGCUGGUUGGAAAUAUUUGCUGACAUCUUUCAAAGAACAAACCGGUCAUGCAUUUACGAAGACACAAUUGAAGAACAAAUGGGAUGGCUGCAAAAAGGAUUGGAGGAUAUGGACGAAGCUCAUUUCAGAAACUGGUGUGGGCUGGAGUAAUGAAUUAGGGACAAUUUCUGCAAGUGAUGAGUGGUGGAAAGCAAAAAUUCAGGAAAUAAGAGGAGUAAAAAAAUUUAGGCAAGCUGCUAUCGAACCGUCUUUACGUUUAAAGUUCAACAGAAUGUUCUCCAACAUUGUAACUACUGGAGAGUAUGCAUGGGCACCAUCGGCUGGAGUCCUUCGUGAUGAUAAUAUUGGUGUUGUUGAGGAUUCAAAUGACAAUAAUGAACAACCUAAUUUGGAAGAAGGAAGCGGUGAUUCAGAAGAGGAUGGAAUUCCAAAUUUCACCGAUGAUAUGUGCAACAUGGUUAGAGGGGUUAAUAUGUCAAGCAGUAGUAACACACGCAGCAGUGAAAAGAGAAAAGCAAGAGAACGUCUUGACAUUCAAGCAGGGAAAAAAAAAGAAGUUCUGGAAUUGGGAUGCAACUACUGUCACGAAGGAGUUCAUAUUGGUAAUGAUUUUCAUGUGUAUGCUACUGAGUUCUUAGGUAUGAGAAGGAAUAGAGAAAUGUGGUCAACUAUGGGUAGUCUUGAAAACAAGAUGAAAUGGUUGCAGAAAAUGUUUACACGGCGUAAAGCACCUUAG